GCCGACAGAGCCAUACAACAGUUUGGACGCACCCAUCGGUCCAAUCAGACGAGUGCACCCGAGUAUGUGUUCCUCAUCUCAGAGUUGGCCGGAGAGAAGAGAUUCGCGUCCAUUGUUGCCAAACGUCUCGAGAGUUUGGGUGCUUUGACUCACGGCGAUAGACGCGCCGCUGAGACCAGAGACUUAAGUCAAUACAACAUCGAUAACAAAUACGGUCGACAGGCUCUCGAAAUAAUCAUGAAAUCUAUCGCUCGAAUCGACGAGCCUUUAGUGAGUCCUCCGGAAGGUUAUAGCGGAGACUUCUUUGAUGACUGUCGUCAAGGCUUAGCCGGCGUCGGACUCAUUCAUUUGGAUAGUAAGGGAUUGCCGACACUUGAUAAAGAUUAUUCACAAAUGACAAAAUUUCUCAAUCGAUUGUUGGGUCUUAACGUUGAACUGCAAAACGCAUUGUUUAAGUAUUUUAGUGAUACGAUGGAAGCUGUGAUAAAAGAUGCUAAACGUUCCGGUCGUUACGAUUCCGGCAUUAUUGACUUGAGCUCUGAUGUGGGAAAUGUUCAACGAGUGAAUGACACCGACUACUACUUGAAAUCCUCUUCGGGUGCCAUUAAGAUACAGUUGCAUAAUGUGUCGAUCGAUAGGGGAAUGUCUUGGGACCAGGCGUUGACUUCUUAUAAAAAUUCAUGUUUAGAAUACGCGAACGAUAAGCAAGACUUUGGUUUCUAUAUAUCAUCGGCUAAUAAAAAUGAGGUGUUUUUGGCGAUUCCCGACUCCAGAGAUCGAAAUCAGUUUAAAAAGAUAUUCCGAAUCUAUAAACCAAACUCCGGUUUAUUACCCAAAUGUGAGACACUUUCCGCUUUGAAAGAGAAGGGAAAGAAAGCAAAGGCCGAAGAUAUCGAGACUGUUUGGAAAGAGAGGUACGAUAUCUCUAUCGAUAAGUGCAGUCAUUUCCAACUGCACCGACCAAUGGUUCCGCCAGCAUAUGUCGAUUUAGUCAAACAAACUUUACAACAGUUGCAGAGCACUGGCAUUCAGUUUCAGUCGGCGCUCAGACCAUAA